AUGCAGGUGGUCAUCCUGGGCGUGUGCAUUGUGUGCGCGUACCUGAUCAAGGAGUAUCGCUUCUACUACCUGCCGGAGUCGGGGGCCGCCAUGCUCGUGGGGAUGAUCGUCGGAGCCUGUGCUCGAUUGUUCUACCCGAGUCGCAAGGAGAUGGAGUUCCUCCGCUUCAACAAACGCUUCUUCGACAAUUUCAAUACGAUUCUGCUGUACGCCGUGUUGGGAACAGUCGUGUCGACGUUCGUUAUUGGUUACCUAACGUAUUAUGCGGGACAGCUGGGCUGGAUUUCGAUUGACACGUCGUCACCUCUGGAAGCACUGUUGUUCGGGGCGUUGAUCUCAGCAGUUGACCCGGUGGCUACACUUUCGAUCUUGGGGAACCCAGAGCUGAAUCUGGAUCCACUGCUGUACAGCCUUGUGUUUGGUGAAAGUGUGUUGAAUGAUGCCGUAGCUAUUGUGCUGUUUAACACCUUUUUGAAGUUUGAGGAAUCCCAGAGUGAGUUCACGUCAGGAGCUGCAGCCUCCUUGAUGAUUGAGUUCACGCUGAUCUCGUUGGGCUCAGUUGCUUGCGGCGUCUUCACCGGUCUCGCAUGCUCGUACAUGUGCAAGAACUCAAACAUCAAGGGAUAUCCUGCGUACGAAAUCACACUUCUGUUUCUAUAUGCGUAUGGAUCCUACGCUCUCGCGGAAGUCAUGAAGCUGUCUGGCAUCAUGUCACUCUUCUUUUGUGGUAUCAUCAUGGCGCACUACAACUCGUACAACCUGUCCAAGCCGUCGCAAGUGACAGCUGAACACAUUUUCAAGAGUUUUGCUCUGGUAUCGGAGUUUUUCGUGUUCCUGUACAUGGGUAUGGGCGUAUGUGCGGGUCAAUUUGGGCGAUGGGACUUCACCUUCGUUUUUCUCGCCAUCAUUAUCUGUUUGGUGGCACGUCUCUUCAACACGUUCCCGCUUAGUUGGGUCGCUAACCAAGGGCGGACCACGAAGAUUCCGGCGAAGAUGCAAGUAGUUCUCUGGUUUGCAGGACUUCGUGGAGCCAUCGCCUUUGCACUUUCACAGAAUAUGCCAGGACCAAACCAGGACUUGUAUGUCACCACCACACUGUCCGUUUGUAUUUUCACGACAAUAAUUUGCGGCGGAAUGACGGAGCCAUUGCUUACGUACACGCAACUAAAGCGUGAUCAGCCGAAUCCUUCCGAACUUGGCGAAGAAAAUGAUGACGAAGAGCAGGGCCUACUCAACGAAACAAUUGAUGAACGCUACAUGAAGCCUGUUUUCGGAGGAUCUGUACGCCGUCGGUCAGUAGCUAUUACACUCAGUACGAAGCCCAGUAACGCCAUUAUCGCACUGGUACAGGUCUUCGAACUCGGAGAAGCGUCGCCAGAGACUCCACUCCUUCAUGAGGCGGCGAGCAACCAUCUUUCUCACUUGGCACGAACAAGUGAUCAUAUAUUCCUGCGUUUAAAAAUGGUUAGAACAUAA